UCGUUGGGCCCUCCUCCGACUGUCACGUGACAGCCCGGGGCGAGCUCUGCUGUGCACCUGCAGAGAGCGGCGGAGGAGAGGAGGAGGAGUUGGGUUUGGAUGCUUCGCUCGAGCUCGGCUGCUGCUUUUCAUUUCCAAUUCAGCGCAAGUUCUUCGACCAAGUUUCGCCGCUAAACUCGUGGAAUAUCUGCGUAAGGGAUGGCGUUCGCGGCCGGACGAUUCUACUGUGUUCUACUGAGCCUGCUCGCAGGUUUGGCCUCAGGUCUAGAGAUUACAUCUACAGGGCCGACAUCCAUAGAGAAGGCCAGUGGUCAAAGUGUGAAGCUAGACUGCCAGUUUUCUCUAGCCACUGAAGACUCUGGACCCCUUGACAUCGAAUGGAGCCUGCUGUCCUCCGACAACCAGAAAGAGGACAAAGUGGUGAUCCUGUACUCGGGUGACAGAGCCUAUGAGGACUACUAUGACCCCAUGAAGGGUCGAGUCCACUUCAACUCGGCUGACCCAAAGAAUGGAGACGCCUCAAUCAAUGUGACAGGACUGAAGGCGUCCGACUCGGGCACCUACCAAUGCAAGGUGAAGAAGGCUCCCGGUAUCCGCAGCAGGAAAAUGCUUCUUAUCGUCAUGGUGAAGCCAUCCAGGCCCCAGUGCUAUGCCGAAGGCUCCACGCAGGAAGGCAAAGACAUCGUGCUGAAGUGUUCAUCUAAAGAGGGCACCAGUCCCCUAGUUUACUCCUGGGACAAGACCAGUGACAGCAAGAUUCUUCCUGCAUCUGCUGUGUCAGAUCCUGUGACAGGCAACAUUAACAUAAGGAAUGCAUCUGCAAGUGCAUCUGGCACCUACCGCUGCACUGCCAGCAAUCGUGUUGGUACUGAGCAGUGUAUAAUGAAUCUCAACGUAACUCCUCCCCCAAACGUUGCAGGCACCAUUGCAGGAGUCAUAAUUGCUAUACUGCUCUUCCUCCUCAUCAUUGCUAUCAUCCUCUUCUGCUAUUGUCGUGCCCGUCGCAGGAAGAAGUACGAGAAGGAAAUCUGCAAUGAGAUAAGAGAAGACGUGCCUCCUCCAAAGAGCCGUGUUUCAACUGCGCGCAGCUUCACCGUGGGCAGCCAGCGCUCCUCUCUGGGCUCCAUGUCACCUUCCAACCUGCACGAGUACGCCCUGAAACCGCAGUAUGACAAGAUCCCCUCGACAGAGGAGUACGAGAGACCACCGAGCCACGCACCUCUGCCCCCGCCCACUGUUCCCAAGAUGGGCGGCCCCAAUCUAAGCCGCAUGGGAGGCAUCCCCGUCAUGAUCCCUGCCCAGAACAAGGACGGCUCGAUCGUCUAGCACGCCGUCUCUCGAAUGGACCAUGCAGUGAGGGGAGGGAAUGGAGGAAGGGCGUGGGACACGAGCCAGUGAAGAUGAAGCAAGGGUUGGGAUGGAUUGACUCUCCUGACUUUUAGCUCUAUUAUUUACAAACGGGAGUAUGCUCCUGUUUUGAAGACCUGGCUUUGCUGUGGUGCUAAGGAAAAAAAAUUGAAUUGUACUGGAAUCACAACAGAGCACAUUAACUUUUUAUCAUAUACGAAAAAGAAAAAAAAGAAUUUUUCUUCUUGGACUUUCUCUCAGAAAUAUGAAUUAGUGUGGAACUAGAGUAAAGUGGCUGGAAUACAUAUUAUAUUGUACAUAAGUGAGUGCAUGUUUUUUAAGAUGACAGCCCUUGCUGAUACUGUAAGUUCACCACAGAUCAUAGCGGUCAGCUCUAUGUCUGCAUGUAUGUAUAAAACUGCAGCUGUGUGUAUGUGUGAAUAUAGGUUCAUGUAUAUGAAUGGAAGUUGGGAAAAUGUGUAAUUCAUUCAUCAUAUGCACAAUGAAUGCAUAAGAUUUAGAAUUCAGUUCAGAUCAGUUUCUAAUCAUGUAUUUUUCUUUCAUAUGAAUGAAUGGGAUUUGGCAAAACAAAAUCAGAAACAAAGGGACAAUUUAUCGUUUGAACUUUUCUUUGAACUGGGCUGAAAACGCUGUGGUGUUUGUAGGUCAGCCAUCUUAAGUUCAACCGUCGGCUGUUUGAAUAUGCCAGUCCAAGCUUAGGCGGGGGCCUGAAAUCAACAGGGUUGGUUGGUUGUGAGGGGGAGGUUCAAGCUUAAACCCUGUGAUUGGGUGGAUUAUUGCUUCUUGACCAAGCUUAGACAAUAAAAGACCAAUGUCCAUCCCACCUCCAUAGAUCCUAGAGGGGAUGGUGUACAGCUGGACCUCAAGGUUCACUGAGCAAUCAACUUGAAUUGUGUUUGAUUGUCAAAGGGUCCCCAGACCCUGUGACCACUAGUACAAUUAGACCAUCCCAACCUCACACACAUAACAGGAGCACCGUGGCAGUCACUCCCUCAGAGCUGCCAUAACAGUGUGUAAUCCCACAUUUUUUUGCAGUCACGUUAUGAAGAGCAAACAUGUUGAUGAACUUCCCUGUGGUCAGUGUUAAUUGGACUUUUAAAUGAAGGAUGUGAAGCCUGUGUAGGUGAACAAAGGCUUCACUGUGUCAACCUCGCAGCUAUAUGAUAUAAGUCAUCAGUCCAAUUAAGAAGUGCAUAGGUUCUGUUAAACCACACCCAUUCUUCUGUUUCAUGCUACUCUAGAAAAGUCUACAUGAAGAUGGCUUCUCUGCUCUUGACGCCUUAUUCUGUUCCUUCCUUUUGCCUUACUCACCUCAGUUCACCUCUGCACAGCCCUCACAGCUGGAUUCUAUUAACUUGUAUUGUGCCUUUCAGACCCAGUCGACUAAUGUCAAAGCACACCCAACAAUGCGUGUUGUGCUCUGUGCAGUAGCAUCGUCCUACAUAUCCAGCCUAACAAUCAGUGAGCCUGGUGAUUGCUUCCUGUUGCCUUGAUCAGGUCUAGUUUUUUUCCCACACCCACUCAGCUCACACAGAUUCCCCUGCAGCUUAUUGAAAGCUUUAUCUUUGACUUCAAGUGUUUGUAUUCCAUAUCAUGACCUGUGUUGUUUUCUAACAUGUGUCUGUGGCUGUACGUAUAAAUAUUCUGUCAGAGUAAUCCUAUCUAAUCACUGCAAAAUCAAAUAAUAUUCGUAAGUAAAUGUGAUGAUCAGCUGUAGCAAAUCUGUAUCUCAAUUAGAAGAGGAGUGACUUGUCAGUGCGACAUAAAUGUUCCCUGGUAUGAAUGGAGGUGUGUGUAUGUGUGUGUGUAUGAGAGACUGUGCGUGUGUGUGAGUUGUAGGUUUUCUUGGGUGAAUUCUACAGUUUAAGGGGUAAUGGCAUCUAGUUUGGCUUUCUUCUGCUGAAAAACUGUACAGAGCUCUUGGGAAGGUGAUCUGGUUACUGUCCUUUAUGCUCAGAACAAGGAACUACUAACAAUAUUAACUAGCUUAUAAAUCUCCAUAUUAAUACUGUAUGAACAUCUCCUUUUUGGUUUGCACACUGCGUGAAGACCUCUUUUUUUCUUUGUGUGUAUUUUUGUGCUGUAUUUUUGAAUAAUAAAAGAUGUGAAAUUCUAA